GGAGAAUUCUCGGUGCAUACGCUAUUAGAAGCUCUGCGGUAAAACUUAGAGGCGCUUGUUCGCGUGUAAAAGUACUGCUUUCUGAAGAGGAUGAUUAAGAGCUGUAUGAUAGGGGAUGGGAACCGUCUCGAAGAAGAUUUUGGUUGUCUGUCAUGUCCAAAUGUGCUGACGAGUGUAGCGCGUUCCAACGCAAAUAGCUCCCGCACCCUAUACUGCAAGGCGUAAAUUGCAGAGCUUUGAUUAUCGAGCUACGCACUGCGCAAGUAUUUUCCACAUGUGUCAAGCCUUCUUACUUCCACCAUUGAUGUAUUGAGAAGUCCAACGCAUCCUGACGACCAGGGUUUUAGAAACUAAUUUGAGAUGGCUCGCGGUCGACGUGAGGAUCCGAGUGCCAAUCCGUCAAGACAACUUCAAAAUUCUCGAGCUUUUAGGAAUCGUCGAGCAUGUCUCAUAAUAAGUCUUGAGGCCAAAGUGCACCAACUCGAGAUAGAUAAUGCCUCCCUACGUGCGAGGCUUGAUCAAUGUACCAAAAACGUUACAACAAGCGCCUGUCAAGAAUGUGCUCGAGUCAAAUUAGAAAUAGGAAAAGUUCUGCAUGCUCUGAAUGGUGCAUCUCAAAUAGCAAGUAACCUCAUCCGCCCAGAAUUACCAGCUGGUGAGCCAAAGGUCUACUCGUCUAAUGAAACAAGGUUGCGACCGCACUUUUGCGAAAACGAUCAAGAGGGUGCUCCUCUCUUGUAUGGCGGAGAUGCCCUUGAUACCGAGAACCUACCUCGGAUUGCAAGUGACACGAAUCGGGCUCCGGAAAUAAAUUUAACGAAAGAAACACAAUUGACUGAGCAGCAGUGGGAUCAAGCCCUGACACAGCUUGGCGGAGAUACCAGCAAAUGUUGCGCUGGAUUUUUCGAUUGCAGUGUCGAAGAGAGUAUUGCCGCUGAAGCAAAGCAGCAAGAGAUCGUCUGAGUUCUAUCAUCUCUUUCUUAUUGAAGUUCCCGCUAAUUUCUGAAGUGAAGCUCCGUCUA